AUGACUCAUCUACAGCCUCUCCUUGAAGCACAGCUACUGGGCAAAGAUCUUCAUCAGGAGCUGAGCCUGCUGAUGGGACUGAGCUGCCAUGAGGUUAUCCACACGCUGAAAUUGUCCUUGUCUCUUCGUCAAGACAGUGGUUUUCUAUCAGCUAACGUCGGGGACAACGUGACUUUGAAAUGCUCUCAUGAAGGUGAUGAUGUAGCUAAGUUUUUAUGGUAUAAGCAAACACUGGGACAGAAACCACUGCUCAUGUGUAGCUUCUAUAACUACGAGAAAAAUGCAAUUUUCCAUGAUGAAUUCAAGAAUGAUACACGUUUCAAACUGGAAACUGAAACUGAUGGAAAUCAACUGAAGAUUUUUGAAUUGCAACAUUCAGACUCUGCUACUUAUUUCUGCGUAUCUAGCUAUCUGUAUAAUUUGGAAUUUGGGGAUGGAGUUACUCUCAGUGUAAAGGGUUCAGGUCUGAACAUCCAAGCUGUCGUCCAUCAGUCGGAGUCUCAGACCAUCCAGCCAGGAGACUCUGUGACUCUGAACUGUACAGUGCACACUGGCACCUGUGAUGGAGAACACAGUGUUUACUGGUUCAGGAGCUCAGGACACUCUCAACCAAGAGCCAUUUACACGCAUGGAGUCACUGAUGAUAAGUGUGAGAGGAAACCCACGACACACACACAGACCUGUGACUACAACCUCCCAAUGAAGAGCCUGGAUCUGUCUGAUGCUGGGACCUACUACUGUGCUGUGCUCUCAUGUGGGGAGAUACUGUUUGGAAAUGGGACCAAGAUAGACAUUGAGAAUGGGGUGGCUUCUCCUCCUGUCUUGGUGUAUUUCUUGAGCGCAGCAUUGGCAUUCACCAUCACCCUGGUUGUUAUCCUGGCUUCCUCUGUGUACAAGAUGCACAAGAGAAACUGUAGCCACUGCACAGACUCUCAAGCAAGAAGUUUCUCUGCUUCUACUCAACAUGUAGAGGGCCAAGAUGCAGACAACCUCCAUUAUGCUGCUUUAAGUGUAAACAAGGCCCACAGAGCAAGAAGACAGAGGGACAACACAGACACUGUCUGUGUGUACUCCAGCAUAAAGCAAUAG